GGGACCGCCGGGGAGCCGGGACGGCGGCAGCCGCUUGGCUGGCAGCCCCCGGCGGGGAGCCCGCCGCUUCCCGCGGGGACAGGCAGCGCCGACCCUGCCGUGUGACAGCCGGGGGGGGACGCUGCUGCCUCGGCGAGCCUGGCUGCGGCUGCAGCGGCUGCAGCCAUGUGUUUCUCCGCCUGCCUGUGACACAAUAACACGGGAAGCGGUGGGGGGGAUCCGAGCCUACCGAGGGGAAAAGUGACCUGCCCCGCUCAGGCCGGCGGCGAUGGAGGAGGGCAUGAGCAGCAUGCAGCAGAAAGCGGCGGAGCUGGAGCACAUGGCCGAGGUCCUGCUCACCGGCGAGCAGCUCCGGCUCCGACUGCACGAAGAAAAGGUCAUCAAAGAUCGGCGGCACCACCUCAAGACGUACCCCAACUGCUUCGUUGCCAAAGAGCUCAUCGACUGGCUGAUUGACCAUAAAGAGGCCUCCGACCGAGAGACUGCAAUUAAACUGGUGCAGAAAUUGUUGGAUCACAGCAUUAUCCAUCAUGUCUGUGAUGAACAUAAAGAAUUCAAGGAUGCCAAACUCUUCUACCGCUUCAGAAAAGAUGAUGGAACGUUUCCACUGGACAAUGAGGUGAAGGUGUUCAUGAGAGGACAAAGACUGUAUGAAAAGCUGAUGAGUUCUGAAAAUACUCUCCUGCAAGCCAGGGAAGAGGAAGGAGUCAAAUACGAACGGACGUUUGUGGCAUCGGAGUUCAUUGACUGGCUGAUGCAGGAGGGAGAGGCCACGACGCGGACGGAGGCCGAGCAGCUCGGGCGCAGGCUUUUGGAGCACGGGAUUAUACAGCACGUGUCCAACAAGCACCAUUUUCUGGACAGCAAUUUGCUCUACCAGUGCAGAAUGAAUUUCCGCCGUCGACGGCGAUUAAUGGAGCUCCUCACUGAGAAAUCUCGCUUGGUGCCAGAAAGCCACGACAGCCCGUUUUGCCUGCGCAAGCAGAACCAUGACAACAGAAAACACACCAGUUUUCUCUCAGUGAGUCCCACCAAGGAGAUAAAGAUUGUGUCAGCAGUCCGGAGGAGCAGCAUGAGCAGCUGUGGCAGCAGCGGGUACUUCAGCAGCAGCCCCACGCUCAGCAGCAGCCCCCCUGUGCUCUGCAACCCCAAAUCUGUGUUAAAGAGACCUGUGACUGCAGAUGAGCUCUUGAUGCCUGGAGCCCCAUAUGUAAGAAAAACUUUUACGAUCGUCGGUGACGCAGUGGGCUGGGGCUUUGUGGUGCGGGGGAGCAAACCCUGCCACAUCCAGGCCGUGGACCCCAGCGGGCCGGCAGCCGCGGCGGGGAUGAAGGUUUGCCAAUUUGUUUUGUCUGUCAACGGCCUCAACGUUCUCCAUGUGGAUUACAGGACAGUGAGCAACCUCAUCUUGACAGGCCCUCGAACGAUUGUGAUGGAAGUGAUGGAAGAAAUAGAGUCCUGAGAAGCAAAAAAACCUCUUACUGGACAUUUUCAUGACAGAAAUAGCAACGACCAUGGAGCGGCAUCAUACAAGGAGAAAAAAUGUUGCUGUGUCUAACUAAAUAGAUGAUUUCGCUUUUGGGGGAGGGGGUCUCUCUUUCAUUUGACAGUAGUAGCACUGGUGAUUAUGCUAUGAUCAAAAGAUACCAGCAUAUUUUCACUAAGGACUUUUAUUUGCCUGACAGAGAGUGAGUUAAGGCCUUUUGGUUGCCUGUCCAGUGUGUCUAGAUCAGUCAGAAUGGUUUCCUACCUAAGAGGCCAUGCAGAUUUCCUCAGUCCACCACUGGAUCGAAGCACUUCAGGAGAUGAAGGAACCAGAGACUGUGGGGUCAGGAUGUCACAGAUGGUUUGCACGACGUAUUUAUGUUGGUAAAUGUCCUCCUGGUGUCCUGUGUUGUCCUAGGAGCGUGUGCUGCUGGAGUUGCUCUCUCCUUGGGCUGAGGGACAGCUGACUACAUGCUGGCUUGACUGCAAUCCAACACAAAUGAACUGCAAAUGCAUGAAAAAAGAGUUGUUCAUUCUCUGGUAUGAAUGUUUGGGUCUGACCGAACACACAGAUUAUUCUAGAAGGAAAAGGAUACGACCAUGCAAAUGGAAAAGCGUGUCUGGCCUUUGAAAAGAAGGCUAUUUGUUUAGAUGCCUACACACUGGUUUGGGUGCUCAAGCAUGAAACAUUGAUUUACUUUCCCUUUUCUGUAAAGGAAGGGUGUCUCAAUCUUGUCAGUUGUCACUUUGGAGAAAUUUCGGACAGCUUUAUUCCUAGAAUGAGAAUAUUUGGUGGGUUGAAGUGGGAAUUCACAGUGUUAGCACAAGCAAUGAUACAUGCAGAUGCUCUGGCAGGGGGAGUACACUUCAAAUUGAAGCAAUGUACUUGAAUGUACGUAAGGCUUGUUAGCACUUUCCAAUCAUCAGAUGUUUUGCAAAAUGCAGAUUUGCCACAUGAGUUGCAUUUGACACUAUUACUAAUAAAACAUUGUAUUUAACUGACUCUUACUCUUUUUCAAACAGUAUGAUUUCUUCGUUGAUUAAUUCAUUAAACAAUUUUUUUUUUUAAAUACAUAUACAAAUUCCAUAAUCUGCUGAGUUAGGUGACUCUUCAACUCAAUGGUAAUUGGACUGCAUGGGUUUUCUUUUAUCUUUGAACUGAAUACGUACGUCCUUGUCCACAAAAUUAUAAAUAUACACUGCAGGCUUUCUCUGCUGUGUAAAUUUUACAAUUAAACCUUGACUUUCUAUAUGAGCGUACCAGAAAUCCUUCAGUUAUGGGGUGGGGAAAGUAUUUUUUUCCUCAAAUAAUUUCGAAUGAUGUUUUAUAUUAAAAACUGUUCUCAAUAAAUACAUUGCUUUCGCAGUA